CAAUAAUACUUCUCCUUCUAAACCUCCAUUUUUCUUCCGCCACUCAUUCUCCUCUAAUUAGCUCAUGUUCAAGCUCAAAAACCCACAGCUCUGAUUUUCCAUUUAUGGCCAGCUUGAGCAAGCUAAUGCAUCUGCUUCUCCAAGAAGCUCCAACUAUCGGUUUCGGUCUAAGGUCAAUUGGCCACGGAGACGGUCAGGCUUUCGGUCUUGCUAUGUGCAGGGGAGAUAUAACAAGCUCUGCUUGUACAGCCUGCAUCCAUGAAGCCAAUGAUCAUAUCCUUCAUCACUGCCCGUUCGAGAAGGAAGCAACGGUAUGGCUUGAACAUUGUCUUGUUCGCUAUGCCGACCGCGAAUUUUUUGGAGAAAUCGAUGACAUAAGAAAAUUUUAUGUGGCGGAUAGCACAAAUGUGUCGCAGAUACCAGUUUUGGACGCUAAGGUUGAAGAACUGAUGGAGAGGUUAGUAAAGAGAGCUUAUCUCACACCAUUGCUGUUUGCUACUGGAGAGAUUGAGCUUGGCACGGUGGGGAGCUUAUUUGGAUUGGUGCAGUGUACCAGGGAUUUGUCUGGUGGGGAUUGCAGGAGAUGCUUAAAUGCUGCCCUCGCCGAGCUUCCAAGAGGCUCUCAUGGUGGGAGAGGAGGAAGCGUGUUUGGUGGAAGUUGUAAUAUUCGAUAUGAGCUUUAUCCUUUCUACGAUUCAAGCUAG